AUGACCUCGUUACACAAAGCGUCGACGAAGGUAGAGACCAGAAUCCUCGAGGCUCAAGCAACUGAAAGCGAGAAUGCUGAUGAUUACUGGAGAGAAAGAGUACCCGCCGACAUUGAAUUAACCGCAGAGGACUAUGAGUUCUUGAAAAUCAAGGUGGUGCACCAGCCUUGGUACAAAUAUUUCUCUCCGACCGAUACGCCAGAUGAGCGCAAGCUCAUUGUAAAGCUCGAUUUACUGAUUUUGAUAUACUUGUUUUUGUCAUCUUUCGUCAAGACGCUGGAUUCCAGCGCAGUACCCUAUGCGUACGUUUCCGGUAUGAAGGAGGACCUGAAGAUGUUUGGCAAUCAGCUGACCUACCAGGGCUCGUGCUACAUGGCUGGGUUUAUCGUGGGGCAGAUUCCGCUAACGAUGCUCGCGACUAAACUGCCAAUCCACAUAUAUCUGCCGGCCAUGGACGUGGUGUGGGCCAUGUUCACGCUCUUCAUCUUCAAAAUAAAGUCGUACCAGCAGCUGUACGCGCUACGGUUCUGCACAGGCCUGUUUGGGUCGUUUUUCUUCCCGACCGUGCAAUUCAUUAUCGGAUCUUGGUAUAAGAAAACCGAGAUCGCGCUAAGAUCCGCACUGUACUUCACCGCGUCGCAGGCCGGCUCCAUGGCCACGGGGUACAUUCAGGCUGCUGCUUAUAGGAAUCUGUCCGGGAAAGCGUGGCUCGAGGGCUGGCAGUGGCUCUACGUUCUGGCGUUCAUCAUCACCGUUCCAGUCUCGCUGUACGGAUACUUCACACUGCCCGGAUUGCCGGAGUCGCUGAGGCCGAGGCGCACAAACCAUUCGCGCCUAGUGCGUCUCUUCACGGGCUUUUCCUUCUUGAACGAAAAAGAGCGGAAACUGGCGCGUUUGCGCAUGAUUCGAGAAGGCCGCCCCACUGGCCAGAAAUUCCAAGUCUCUGUGCUCCUGCGUUGCGUGAAAGGGUAUCGAUUCUGGGUUUUGGUUGUGUUUGCUAUCUUCUUCUCGCAAGCGGACGGCAUUAGCUCAAACAGCGGGCUCACGUUGUGGCUCGACGCCGAAAACUACUCGAGCUACCAGGUGAAUGUGAUAACCACCGUUAUUCCUGCAGUGACAAUCGUGUUUUCCCUGCUCAACGCCAUAAUCGUCGACAGCUGGAAAAACGUGUCCUGGUCCUAUCCCGCCAUAAUUGCCUACGUUGCCAUUCUCAAUAUGAUCGCUGGCAUCAUUCUUGUGGUGUGGAAUGUGAGCAAGGGCGGUAUUUUAUUUGCGUUCUUCUUGUCCGGCACUGCCGACAGUAUCGCUGCUGUACUGUAUUCUUGGGCCAAUCUAAUAUGUUCCGACAAUGCUCUGGAAAGAGCUCUUACUCUCAGCAGUAUGAACACCUUGGGAAACACUUUUGCGGUGUGGGUGCCACUGUUCGUGUGGAAGACCGUGGACGCGCCGAGAUAUGUCAAGGGCUACGCCUACAACAUCGCACUCGACGCAAUGAUGUUGCUGAUGCUACCUUCUCUGGUGUGGCUGCACAGGAGCCAGAAACACGCGUGGGCAUCUCCGAGAUUCGAGCUCAAAACGCUACAGGAGUCGGUGAAGGCUGUAGAGUAG